AUGGUCUUCAGGCCCGGAUUGGCUGUGAUGAGAACGAUCGCUGAUUCGAAGUCGGCAUUGUUGGAUCCUGAUCACAACCCAGUUCUAAGAGGUGUUUUGAAGCCGCUCAUCUACGACCAAUUUUGUGCUGGGACGACCAAGGAUGAAGUGCAUCGAACAGCAGCUAGCAUCAGGAAACUUGGCUUCGCGGGUGUCAUUCUUACGUAUGGACGAGAGCUGCAGAUCAAUAAGAAAAAAGGUCUGGUAGGCUUGGGCAGGGAGGCCGUGUCGCAGAAGAGCGAGGAUAUCAAGAAGUGGAGGGAUGGAAACUUGAAGACGUUGGACAUGUUGCAGCCGGGUGAUUGGCUUGCAAUCAAGUACACCGGAGCCGGUCAAGAGAUCACAGAAAACUUGAUGAGCGGUCAAGCACUACCUCAAGCAUUUUCGGAGGCUAUGGAUGCUAUCUGCGAACGAGCAAUCGCCCAAAAGUGCAGAAUCUGGAUUGACGCCGAGCAAUCCUGGGUGCAGCCAACCAUUGACAGAUGGACAUAUGACAUCAUGAGGCGUUAUAAUAUCGGUUCGGCACCAUUGGUUUAUAACACCAUUCAGGCCUACCUAAAGGAGUCCCGCCAUAAGCUCCAACAUCACUUGCAGCUAGCCAAACAGGAAGGUUGGACACCGGCGGUGAAGCUGGUUCGAGGUGCAUAUAUUGGGAACGACGUGCGGGAAAAGAUUCACGACACGAAAGCCGAGACUGAUGCCUCCUAUAAUGGUAUCGUACGUGAUCUGCUUUCGGGAACAGUUCCUGGGUUCUCGCAGGAUCAAUUCCCUAAAGUAAAGCUUUUCCUGGCGGGCCACAACACAGACACCAUUCGAAAGGCUAUCAAACUUGCACAAGACCUUUCAGCAAAGGGACAACUGAAAGUGGCACCCGAAUUCGGCCAGCUACAGGGUAUGGCGGACGACGUUGGCUGCGAGAUAAUUGAGAUGGCUCAACAGCAACAGGAUGGUCCGCACAGCCAAGGCAAGCUGGUUGCUGACAGUCAAACUUAUGUGCCGCACGUGUAUAAAUGUUUGACAUGGGGUUCUGUUAGAGAGUGCAUGCAGUACCUGGUGAGAAGAGCAGUUGAAAAUCAAGGGGCCACAGGAAGGAUGAAGGAAGGCACUUCUGUCAUUGCAGCUGAGCUUUGGAGGAGGAUUACAUCACUAGGCAGAAGACGUGAUAGGGUCUAG